GCCUCACACUUGCCCGUCCCCGAUCAGCUGCUUCCGCCACGUCUCCUCGGCCGCCGUGCCCAGUCACUUCCGGAUAGCUUCUGCUUGCCUUCACCCGGUGCAUCAGGGUUCACCUCCGAGGACAUCGCCGUCCGCAAGCUCUACUUCCCCAAAGGUCGACCUUCAUCGUGUCGAGCAGCCGAAACUUCUGGCGACCAGGACGUGCCAACCCUCCGAUUGCAAGAGCUAGAGUCCGUCUUCUCCGCGGAGAACAGUGCGAAGCGACACCAUUCACUCAGGCCUCGUGCCGGGUUGCUGAGCAAAGAGGAGAAAGACUAGCGCCUGGCCAGUAGAGCGUCGUCAUUUGUCCACCGCGUCUAGGUGCUCUCGCCUCUGGUCAUGAUGUCGACACCGAGUGCUGCAACUCACGCACCUGUCGAUGAAAGGAUCGAGGCUUCCGAAGCUAGCAGCUCAAAGGUGACACUGGAAGACCUACGCCGGGGGAAAGUUGAGGCCGUCGAGGCUGACAUCAGGCAGCUCAAGUCUGACCAUGCUGGUGAAUUGAGAGAUUUCUUCGUCUUACAUGAGCACCUCAAAACAUCUAACCAGACAGACGGCGCUAUCAGAAUACCUUGGGAGAUGCCAGAGGAAUAUGCACAUUCAGCCCUCUACCCCGAGACCUUCAAGAAAUUCUAUGCCGAUCACCAGCUCCGAGUGGGAAACGAGAAAAGUACCAUCGCAUCUGUGAAGAUCGCAUCCUCGACUGGCUUGAGAAAGAGGUUGGCUGCAGCGGCCGCUGCUUCGGCUGCCAGUGGCAGUGUAAGCGAGAUUAGCAAGGCCUCCGUCGCAUCAAAGACGAAAGCAGGCAUGGCCGCAAGAAGUCCAGAUGCGAGCACGAAAGCACAAAAAGCCGGUGCAUCACCUAGCAUUGCAAUAGCAACUCAACCACCACUGCAUUCUGGUAAUUCAGCGCCCGUGGACGCACCACUCGAUCAGCGUGGAGACUCGACAGGUAGGCUUCCCAGCACAUCGCCUCCUUCACACACGUCGCCUUCAAUAGCGAAUGCAGACCAAUCGCCCGCAAUGGCUCGGAGUGCUCCUGGUACGGUUGAGGUCGUCAUCGACCCUCUAACGCAGCCUGCUUCCAGGCUAGAGACAGUCGCAACCGCUCGCGCGGUUGCCGCUUCUUCGCUACUUGCACCACCACCAGUCCACCAGGUAUCUCAGCCUACAAGCCCCACACCAACACCAGCUGCAGCGCCCAACAACGUGGUUCCGGACUCAUCAGCACCAGUCCUGACUGGUCAGUCCACAGGUAAUAUCAAGCCGGCUCUCAUGCCGCAGGCAUUGCAACAGCUAGCUCCAAACCCGUACUCUGUGACAUAUGCAUCCUCUUUGCGACCCCUCCCUGCGGAUCCAUUUCGCCGAUAUACGGGCUCUGGAGUUGGUGGCGGAGCCGUGCACCACCGUUUGCGGAAGGUACAGCCCCUUGCACAGCCUAAGGCCUCCUCUCAUGCCCCCACUGGGCCAGCUGGCGGUGGUGGCCAGAUUGAUCUCUGGAGAUGGUUCGUGCGCUCGAGAGCGAGUCCAGGUGCUGGCUUGGUGGGAAAGGCAGACAAGUGCCUACUCACGAAGGAUUGGAGAGUAGCAUAUUCUGAACAACGAUAUCUGCGAGCUAUGGCUCGGAUAGAGAAGCUGAAGGAAGAAGGGAAUUGGAGCUUUCGCCAGCCGAAGAAACAGAAGGGCCCAGUAGUCCGGAAGGCGCAUUGGGAUUAUGCGCUGGACGAGAUGAAAUGGAUGCAGACUGAUUUCAGGGAAGAAAGGAGGUGGAAAAUGGCCAUUGCUAGGCAGCUGGCAUUGUCCUGCAGGACGUGGCACAAAGCUUCAACACCCGCCAUCAGAGCCGCUCUCUGUAUCAAGACAAGGCCGCCCAGACACCUGCAGACCGACGACGAUAUUACCAUCAAAGAGGAGCUCGUAGACACGCAACCAAGCGACGAAGAGAUGACCGACCCACGUGCAGUGCCCAUUGACGGUGGCACACUGCAAGCUCAUGGCUCUAUGCUGACCUGCACCCCAUCAGAGGCUCAACAAGGAGCAGGAGAACAUUUGAAAUCUUCAGCAGCAGCAAUUCCAAAAGCAACAGAGGCUGUGGACAAUACAGAUGCGGACGCAGACGCAGACGCUGAUGCUGAUGCAGACGCUGAUGCUGAUGCUGAUGCUGAUGCUGAUGGAGACGACGAUGAUGCAGAUGGUGAAAUUGAUGCCGAUGCCGAGGAGGGCACGCUUGCUGCUGCUCUGACAGGCCCAGCUGCACAGACCUCGGUCGAAGAGGCCAGCAAAGCGCGUGUAGAGUUGGUCCGCGAACCUCUGUCAGCGCAGCAGCAUACGCCGCAACUCAGUGGCGUCAUCGAUGAAGACAUCGCUCAUUCCCCUUUCAAACGGACAGCAGACUCGCAAGGAGCAGACAAAGAUGCUGUCAACGCUGCGAUGCGACCUACUGGUGCUGCGCGUGAUGAGACGCUCGCCCUCGACCCUGCCGAUGGACUGCCGAUGGGCCUUGUCACCACCUUACGAGCCCCUAUAUUCUCCAUGGAUAUCACAGCUACCUUGAUCACUCCCUCGACCUUGCUGGAUUCUUUCGACGCUGAUGCUACUGCAGAGAUGCUCGGAGCUGAUGCGAAGGAACUCCAAGAUGUCCUCGAGGUCAAUCCAGACUUGACCAUCUCUUCACUCUUCCCAGAGCUGCCAGAGUACGGCCCUCCGAGUGAGCCUGAUAUCAGCAAGCCGGAUAGACGCUGGGAUGAAGGGAGCCUCAAUCAGAUGCCUCGAUUGACGCAAGUUAGUCGCUUGCUCGACGCCAAGCCUCUUCUCGUCUCUACCUUAGAACCAAGCAAAAAUCGAUGUCAGGGGCGCUGGAGAGAGGAUGGCGAAUGGGCCUUGGCAGCAAAGCUAGCCGAUCCCACAAAGGGAGUCACUAGACAAGAACUCGAAGCUACGUCACUACCUGCUACGACGAUCUUCAGUCGACGAUCCAACAAGCCUACGCGAGACGCCCUGUCAUCAACGCCGAGCUUCGUGGUACAGCCUCAGAACCCCGAACUCAGAUCAGCCCAACUGCUAUGGUCUACAGAGGAAGACAAUUUCUUGAUGAAGUUGUUCCAGCAGUAUGGUGCCAAUUGGCCCCUCGUGGCCGACGUAUUCAAUUCGACUCGUCUCUCGGUUCCGACCGAUACAAAGGAAGCCUGGGACUGCUUCGACCGGUGGGACAGAAUCACCAAGGCAGCAGCUCAGGGUCAACCUCCGCCGCCACCUCCACAGCUUCCUCCGGUCCACCCUACUGCCGCUCCUGAGAAGCAAGAUGGCGCCAGCGAUUCGGGGACGGCAACAGUCGGCACCCCAACCCAUCCUGCCCCGCCCGCCGCUUCUCUUGCUGCGAAGCGGGAAAAGCUGACUAGAAAGCUAACAACAAGAUUUGAUGGGUCGAGAAAGAGGAUGAGGCAUAGCAAUAUCAUGGAGGUCAUGCGCAAGACUGCGAAGCGUCGCGAUAGUGGCAAGCCUGCCGUCUCAGGCGUUGGUGAACCCCGUAAGGUGAACUUGGCCUCACACGAGACACACAACACUGUCAAAGGCGGGCCUGCUCCUACCGCUCAGCAGCUAAGUCAGAUCAAAGCUGAGAGGGACGAAGCUCAGCAGAGGCAGUACCAGAUGAUCUACAAUCGUCGACUCGAGGAGCAACAGAAGAUUGCCGCUGCUCAGGCGGCGCAGGCACAAGCGCAGCAGCAGCAGCAGCAGCAGGCAAUCCAGGGUCAGGGGCAAGCCCAAGGGCAACCUCAGGCACAACCGCAGGGCACCGUCCACACAUCAGCCAGCCAGCAGCAGGCUACUGCCAACCACACCGGUCAGCAGCAGCAAAGCGGACCUGGAGCGCAGCCCAAUGCUCCUCAGCGUGGCAUGCCAAUGAACCAAGGACGACCCUCGCCGAUGGCAAUGCCUAGACCCACGUCUGCUGGUCGCCCGGCAACUCCUGGUCAACAGCCCGGCACGCCUACGUCAGCCGGCCUCGGUCUCACCGCAGCGACGCAGCGGUUGACGCCUCAGCAACAAGCUCAGUUCGCCGCGCAAAUUCGGCCGCCAGGCUCAACUGCCCAGCAGCAGCAGUACAAUCUGGCUACUGCUCUGGCUGCUAACGGCGGUGCUCUCAACGGUAAAACGGCUCCUCGACCUCCUGCUGGGCCUCUGCCUCAGCAGCCCAAUGGCAUCGGCGGCCUCUCGACGAUGAACCUGCAGCAGAUCCAGCAGGCUUUGACCGCCAAUCUUGCCCAGAACCUUACACAGGAGCAGGUACAGGCGCUCGCUUUGCAGCUCUUCAGAAAUGCUCAACAGCAGCAGCAGGCAGGCAAUUUCAAUGGUAUGCCACCGGGUCAGAGACCUGGCGGGCAGUCUGGUCCAGGGCAAGGACAGGGGCAGCCCCCAGGGUCAAAUCAGGGCAGGCCUGCGCCUCGUCCGCAGAUGAACAUGGCUCGACCUGCGCCACAGGCUCCCAAUCAGCAGCAGCAGGGUGGGGGUGGGCCAAUGAAGAACGCUGGCAGCGGUGGGGGUGGAGCGCGAUGA